AUGUCACAACAACCUUCAUCAGCUGCUAAUGCGUCCACUAUAAUUGCAACUCUCACUACUCUCACUGAAGAAAUCAACUUUCAGAAGGUGUUAUUGAUUUCUCUGAAAGAUUCCGCAGAGGAUCAACCAUCACGCAAAGCGGAAAUCGAGGCCGAGAUUUCCAAACUUAGAGAGCAAAAGAGAAAUCUCUCGAACACCCAAGCCUCCUCCUCCCCACUCACUCAAACACCUUCUACUUCACAUAAUAAUCCGAACGUACGUCCGUCUGACAUAGACCGUUCAAAAAUGGAUAACACACUCGGGCAUGGAAGCAAUGGUGUCUAUCAAUUAAAAGAAGAAAACGGGUCAAGGAAGUCAUUAUCCUCCACGGCUUCGACACCAGGUUCUGGAGCAUCAAUGUCUGAACAUUUUGGCUCAACUCGAGUUGAUCUACCUACUCGAAAGCGCAGCCACAGCACCCAUCUAGAUGCAUUUGUACCUUUCGAAGAAAUCAAAUCUCGACGAACAACACCGAGUCCUUUUGCGACAGGUGUAACAACUCCUUCGGGAAGCUCAGGGGAUGACGAUCAAAUCUUCGAUCCUUCUUACACCGAACUUCACAGGCAGGAAGAACAAAGAUUUCAACUGUUAAGAAACGAUGAAAACUUUGCUCUUAGUAUCGCAAACUCAAAUAGUUUUGUCUCAAGCACGCCAGCCACUAGCUCGAAACCUUCCGUUUUCAAUAAAAUGUUAGGUGUUCGCCCACAUGCUUCUAGCUCUCGCGACGAUCAGGCUGCAACAUCCUCUGCUAUGUUAAAUGCCUCCUAUGGCUCUCAUGCUAGCAGCUUCUCGGGUAAAAGAACUCUCCCUUGGAGUAAACCAAAUAUCAUUGUUAAAGCUGAACGACCAACAUCGUCUUUUUCCCAAUCUUCGGAUUUCCAUAGCACAGAAUCUGGUGGUACACACCGCAAAGGAUCUUUGACCGCCAUCAAACCCGAGUUCGUACCAACGCCAACGCCAACACCAAAGAUCCCUGGCGCCUUUCCUGAAGAUUCGACCGCUAGUGAUUCAGAAUGUGAAAUCAUCGACUCUUCAGCCUUUAAGGAUAAUGGUCGACAGAAAACCACAGCUUCAAAGACAACGAACGCAUAUGGUCACCAAAAACCACUUUAUUCACCGGAGGACCGCGUUUUAGGAGAUAAUGCUGUUAGGAGUACAAACACCAGCUUGCGCCGUGCUAUAUACGGUAGCAAUCAUCCUUUACCUCGCUGGGCAGCUAACUCUGCUAUUGAAAUGAACAAUACUGGCCAGCUAGGCGGAUAUCAUAGUGUUCCACCCGCGAUGGCGAGGGGUUCUUCUUACGGAUUGGGUACAUCCCAGCAAGGACUCUCCAUGAAUAGCAGAUACUUAGCCAAUCAAGUGUACAGCACUGCAGAUAACUCUAGCAGACCUGGCUUUGGAUACCCUAUUUCUACAAUUGCCCUUCAAGGCCAAUCGUAUCCUCUUCCUGGAUCAUAUGGUGGAAGCAUGCAUUCUGCUCACUCGGGUACCAGUAUGCAUAACGCAGGCUUGCGGUACACCGUUAACUCUUUGCCAGCUUAUAGCAUGGUUACAACUUAUUCCAACUCCCUACAACAAGGCGCGGUUAACAACAUGGGAACUUUUCCAGACUUUGAAGCGGAUGUUAACGCUUACAAUCCGUCUUCCGCGCUUACUCCUGAUAUGGCGGAUCGAAUGGAUCAUAUUAUGAACGAUCCGAGGAAAACAGAAAAGGAGAUCAAAGACUUGGUGGAGAAUAUCAGAGCCGAUAUCGAAAUUCCGUUGGAAAGCCGAGAGGGAACUCCCGAAGGAUUAAGAUAUCCCUUGUAUGAGCACCAAAAGAUUGCUCUGACAUGGUUGAAACAAAUGGAGGAGGGUACUAACAAGGGGGGUAUUCUUGCGGACGAUAUGGGUCUAGGCAAGACAAUCAGUACUUUGUCACUCUUAUUAACACGACCAUCAACCGACCGUGCUUGCAAGACUACACUAAUAGCUGCACCUGUUGCCCUUCUCCGCCAAUGGGACCGUGAAAUAAAUACGAAGACAUUGGCAAGUCAUAGACCUAGUGUCUUCAUGGCCCAUGGAAACAGCAGGAAAGUGACUUGGGAGGAUCUCCGACGAUAUGAUGUCGUCCUAACAACUUAUGGGACUUUGGGUGCGGAAUAUACUCGCCUUGUGAAAUUCGAAGAAGACUGUAAACAACACGGGAUUGUGGAAACUGAUGCGAACAAAAUGGGCAAAGAUUACCCAUUUUUGGGUCCGAAGAGCAGAUUCUAUCGUGUGAUUCUCGACGAAGCACAAUGCAUCAAGAACAAAAGCACCAAAGCAGCGUCUGCUGCUUGUAGAAUUAAAUCUCGGACCAGAUUUUGUCUUACCGGUACACCGAUGAUGAACAACAUUACGGAGCUUUACUCGUUGAUUAAGUUUCUGCGUAUCAGACCUUACAGCUCUUGGUCCGCCUUCACAAAGGAUUUCGGCUGUCUCUCAAAGGGAAGUCGCCACUCGGAAGAAUAUGUCAAAAAGGCUAUGCAACGCUUACAAGGUGUUUUGAAGGCUAUUCUUCUCCGACGCACGAAAGAAUCUAAGAUUGAUGGAAAACCCAUUAUCACUCUACCACCAAAAGUCGAAGAAAUUGAGCACGUAGUCUUUAGCAAAGACGAGCAAGAGUUCUACAAAUCUCUUGAAAGUAAGACCAAACUUCAAUUCAACAAGUACAAAAAGGCUGGAACGGUUGGAAAGAACUACUCGAAUAUCCUUGUUUUACUACUUCGCCUUAGACAAUGUUGUUGUCACCCUCAUUUGAUAAUUGAUUUUGAGGCAGAAGCCCCACCAGCCGGCUCAGCAGAACUCUCAGAGGAACAAAUGAUUGAACUUGCCAAAACUCUUGAACCAGAUGUAGUCUCAAGAUUACUUGCUGCGGAUGGAUUCGAAUGUAAUAUCUGCUACGAUGCAACUCCAAAUCCCAGCAUCAUCACUCCUUGUGGACACGAUAAUUGCCAUGAAUGUUUGACUACCCUCUCUGAGGAGAUCACGAAUCGAGCUGAGCAAGGCCAUGACGAAGGCGGCACUGCAGCAAAAUGUCCAAGUUGUCGUGGAAAGCUUGACAUGACCAAGCUCAUCGACUACAGAGCGUUCAAGAAGGCACAUAUGCCACCGCCUGGGCUCGAGGAGGAAAAGAAUGUCGACGGCUCCGGUAACAACAGCGACGAUAGCAUUGACAGUGACAGCGACACUGACUCUGAUACCGAUACCAUGUCUGAUGAUAGUGACGCAAAUGGCGACUUGGGCGGUUUCGUUGUUUCUGAUGAUGUCGAGGAUGAUGAGGCUGAGCAAGGUGAUGAUGAGAUCGAAGAUCUCGGGAUUGAGGUUCCCAAGUCCAAGUCGAAGUCGAAGUCCAAAUCUAAAUCUAAAUUUAAGACCAAGACAAAAGAGAAGAGAAACAAGGGUAAAGGAAAGAAGGUCGAAAAGCAGAAGCAGCACUUUUCAAUUGCCAUGAUGAAGAAAGAGGCUUCCAGAUCUAUCGAGGGUCAUAAAAAGUAUAUGAGAUAUCUUCGAAAGAAUUGGCAAUCAUCAGCCAAAGUCGAUAAAUGCAUGGAACUUCUCGAGAAGUUUCAAGCAGAAGGCGAAAAGACAAUUAUCUUCAGUCAAUUUGUAACCUUUCUCGAUCUUCUCCAAGUGCCUAUCGGAGAAAAGGGCUGGAAUUGCGAGCGCUAUGAUGGUAGCAUAAAUUCCAAACGCCGAAACGACGCAAUUAUGCGAUUCACGGACAAACCUGAUUGUAAAAUUAUGCUCAUUUCUCUCAAGGCUGGUAAUGCAGGGCUCAAUCUUGUCGCCGCAUCUCGAGUCAUCAUCCUUGAUCCUUUCUGGAAUCCAUUCAUUGAAAUGCAAGCAGUGGACCGCGCUUAUCGUAUUGGCCAACAGAAAUCAGUUCAGGUUCAUCGAAUUUUAGUAGAGGAAACGGUCGAGGACCGAAUCAUGGAGUUACAACAGAAAAAGAGGACGUUGGUGGAGUCUGCACUUGACGAAGGUGCUAUGAAGAGCGUAGGAAGACUGGACGAGAGGCAAUUGGCUUUUCUUUUUGGUGUUUGA